GGGUUGGGCCGAGCCGAGCCGGGCCGAGCCGGGCCGGGCUCCCCGCCCUCCCCGGGGAGGCGGCGCAGCCCCGCAUCCUCCUGCGGGAGCGGGGCCGCGGGCCCGCGGCGCCGCGGCAGCGCCGACAGCAGGCAGCCGCACCUCCUCCCGCUCCCCUCCGCUUCUCUCCUCUCCUCGUCGCUGCUCACUCCGCUCGUCCCUCCUCCCAGCCGGUGCUGGCGGCGGCUCCUCCUCCCCGUGUGACCCUCUGCCGCAUGUGAGCGAGGAGGAGGGACCGCGCUGCGCGGGCCCCACUGUGGCGGCGGCAGGAGGAGGAGCGGGAGGCAGCGUGCGGUGUCCCCCCGCAGCCUCAUCGCUGGGUCCCGCCGGCGCUCCCCAUGCCCGUGUGGUGCUGCCGCUGCUCCCUGGCCGAUCACUUCAGAACUUACAGCGGCACUGAAACCGAAGGACAGCUUUUGAAUUCUUUUGUUCAGUACUUUGGUGAGAGCCUUGGGAGGAAGAUUAAAAGAAUGCCUUUAAUUGAAGAAACUGUUCUGCCUGGGGACUCCCUUCUUACUCUGCCUGUAGUAAUAAUAGGAAAUGGACCUUCAGGAAUUUGCCUUUCUUACCUGCUCUCUGGAUACAGGCCAUAUUUGUCUCCUGAAGCUAUACACCCAAACCCCAUCCUACAUACAAAAUUAGAAGAAGCUCGACAUCUUUCCAUUGUUGAUCAAGAUCUGGAGUACCUGUCAGAAGGCCUGGAAGGACGCUCCUCAAACCCAGUUGCAGUGCUUUUUGAUACAUUGCUUCAUCCUGACGCUGACUUUGGUUAUGACUACCCACCUGUUCUGCACUGGAAGUUAGAACAACACAAUUACAUUCCCCACAUAGUGCUUGGAAAAGGACCACCUGGUGGGGCUUGGCAUUCCAUGGAGGGCUCUAUGCUAACCAUCAGUUUUGGAGACUGGAUGGAAUUGCCUGGCCUCAGCUUUAAGGAAUGGGCAGCUAGCAAACGCAGAAAUAUAAAGAGUGAUCGAGUAAUGCCAGAAGAAAUAGCUUGUUAUUAUAAACACUAUGUUAAAGUCAUGGGCCUCCAAAAGAAUUUCAGAGACAAUGUUUACAUAACAUCAGUGUCCAGGCUUUACCGAGAAAAGGAUGAUGAAGAUAGAAGUGACCAAGUUGAAGAUAUUUCAACACAGCAGUUGGAAAUGGAAGAUGGACAGAAAUCACUUAUUAAGAGAAACUGGGAAGUCAGAGGAUAUCAGCGAGCAACAGAUGGUUCUCAUGUGCCCUUCUGCCUCUUUGCUGAGAAUGUGGCUCUUGCAACUGGAACCUUUGAUUCUCCUGGCCGACUGCAAGUAGAGGGAGAAGACUUUCCUUUUGUCCUCCAUUCCAUGUCUGACUUCGGAGCUGCAAUCAGCAAAGGAAAGUUACGUGGGAAGGCAGACCCUGUGUUGAUUGUGGGUGCUGGACUAACAGCAGCUGAUGCAGUGCUAUGUGCCUAUAACAACAACAUCCCAGUAGUCCAUGUGUUUCGUAGAAGAGUUACCGAUACAAGCCUAAUUUUCAAACAGUUACCUAAAAAGCUUUACCCUGAAUACCAUAAGGUCUAUCAUAUGAUGUGCACUCAGUCUCAUACCGUGGACUCUAAUCAACAUUCUGCUUACACUAGUUUCCCUGAACACAAUGUACUUUCCUUCAAACCUGAAAUGAAAUGUGUCCUUCAGAGUGCCUCCGGACUGAAGAAAAUCUUGAAGUUUUCUGUAGCCUUAGUUCUGAUAGGUUCUCACCCAAAUCUUUUCUUUUUAAAGGACCAAGGACAUAGCAUAGGUCAUCACUCUAAUCAGCCCAUCACAUGCAAGGGGAAUCCUAUAGAGAUUGAUCCAUACACUUACGAAUGCACUAAAGAAGCCAACCUCUUCGCAUUAGGGCCUCUGGUGGGAGACAACUUUGUACGGUUUUUAAAAGGAGGCGCACUCGGCAUUGCACGAUGCUUGGCAAUAAGACAAAAGAAGAAACAUGAAUUGAUUGAAAGUGGGGAUGGAGGUGAUGGGGUACCAUAAAUGAGACAUUAGAAACUCUCACAUCCAGGAUUUCAGAUGUAGUCUUAACAGAAAACUCACUGGCAGCAAAAGUUGAUAGCAGUCACAUUUCUGUUGUAUACAAGUAACCUGCGCUUGUAUUGCUUGGUAAAGGAUGCUGAUAUUACGAUACUCGACUCUUUAAAAAUACAAAUUUUUCAACUGAUCUCAACUGGAAUUGCUUCCAGAUAAACAGAAAAUGAGACUAACUUAUCUUGGCCUGCCUGUCUGUCAUCUCUUGCUCAACUACAAGAGCAGACUUUGUCUGUCAAAGGCAAUGCCUGCCAGAGUGGCUUUACAUUUAAGUGUCAAAUGUGACAAAAGUACUCUUACCAUGAAAUUUAAAUAACUUCUAAAAGCAGAAACCUUGUUUAGUAUGAAGUGAUUCUUUGUCCCAAAGCAAAUAUGGAGCCUUCUGCUUGAAACAAGGAUUUUAUUUGCCACAGUAAUACUUGGCAUGAGCACUUAGUAAAAUGGCUUCUACUGUAAGAAGGACUUCUGUAAGCAAGAAGUAAUCCUCAAUGGUUUUAAAUUAUCCUGGUAAUUGGAAUAAAAGAAUAAGCAUUCCAAUUUAGUCAUUAAUGAUUUGACCCAAUCCAUUAAUGUUUCUUUACACUAUGCCUAGACCUGAGUGAGUGCACAAAGACCAACAUGAGAUGUUCCCCUACAGUGAUCUGUACAUUUCUGAGAAUACACAUUAACAUAAACAAUAAAGUACUGAUGUAAGUGCUCUUACUACAGUGUCAAUAUCAUGAAUAUCUAGUGUACUACUGAAAAAUUAGGUACAUGAGAGAAUUAAGGUGUUUUUGCUUCCAAGCUCAGGAAGAUUGAAUGGAAUCACUUGGCUGAUGAAGGUGGGGGGGGUGAUAGAUACUCUCAUCUCCCAUUUGACCAAAAAUUGGUUCUCUUUUUUUCCUAGAGCAGCACAUUAUAAUUAAAUAUUUUAGCCUGCAGUUUUUGAAACUUAAGGAAGGCUUAUAUCUUACAGCCAGCUAAAAAACAAACCAAUCUCAAAACAAACAUGCAAUAGUUCCUUUAAAUCUUGAAGCUUCUAAUGAAAGACAAAGACUUAACUUGUAUCUACCUCUGAAUCCAAGUUUCAUCUUUCUGCUCCAUAAUGUAAGACCUAGAUUUCAUUUGCUGGGUUUUACAGUAGUUAGUUUACUUAAACACAGUCGUAGGUUAUUUGCCAUAGUGAGGUUAAGUUAGGAAAGUGAACUCCCAAAACUUAGAAUAGACAAAAAUGGUUUUUUACCAAAUGUUUAAAUUCAGGUCCAAUGUGAUGGAAAAGAUGUUCUUUUUCUGUUUGGGUUUUUUUUGUUAAAGAAUGCCAUGUUAAUUUCAAGUAUUCUGUUUGCAUGAUUAAAAAUCUCCAUAUUAGAACAUUUUAAAAAAAAUUUUAAAAAGUUAAGCUUUGUGAGUGGUUGCUGGUUUCCCAGCUGUCUUAACUUUCGUAAGUGGUAGAUAGCUGUAGUCAAUAAAUGCCUGUGUUCUGUGCCUAUUGAAUUACAUGGUUCUGUGGCUACUGCAAGUCAUUAUGCAUCUGAGUAAGUUACUCAGAUUUUUGACAUAAAAGUUGAAAAGGUAAAGGACACAAGGAUUAAAAUUACUAUUUUCAGUGGAAGUCCAAAAUAAUUUACUACUAAUAAUAAAUUUUACUCUAGAGCCACUUAACAACAUAAACACAAACAAAGGAGCAUUUCUAUCAAUUUCUGCAUUGCCCACAUGGUUGGCUUUAGCCAUGCAUUGUCAGUACUAGUUAAGGUACUUUUUUAUACUGAUAUUGAGCUGAUUUUAAUUCCACUAAAAUCUAGGCUUGUUUUCUUCAUAUUUUAAUUGAAAUUCUACAACUUGCCUUUUCUGGCAGAAACUAUGUAUAUAGAAACUAAUUCUAAACCUGUGAUACCUUAUAAUUUUAACUGUUAUAAGUGCUAAAUACUUGAUUAUAGAUUUGUAUUACAGUUAAGUUAUUGAGAAUACAUCUGCACUGUGAUUAAAUUCCUGCAGUUUUGUAUCAAUAUAAAUGUCCAGAUAUAACAUAUGGCAUGUUACUGUUUUUUCAUUUGUCACAGGAGACAUUUAAAAUGCCAUCAGAAAAAAUAUUUACUUAGCAGUUAUUUUGCAAAAAGGGGGAAAAAACCUUUAGGCCCUUUUCUAGCCUCAGCUGCUGCAGCUACUCACGAUCUCUGUGUGUUAUAGGGACAAUUUUGUAGCAGAGAUCUUUGAUCUAUUAUUACACAAGUAUCUUUCAUUGCAAUAUUACAGCACCUUGAGGUUUAACUGCUUUUAUUUUUCAUCAAUCUUGCCAGUAUUUUCGAGAUAAAUGUUGCAUGUGAGACCCCUAGUUGGGCAGAGAAUCUCUGUAAUCAUGUUUAUUAAGCACAUAUAAAAAUACUUUUUUCAAUCAAAGCUUCACUAAAAGAUCAUCUUGUGUCUUCUAGGAAUUGCUAGAUUUAAAGUUGUAGCUAGAGUUCUUCAUUUUCACCUUUCUGAUUUUGAGAGAAAUUUGUUUCUCUAUUGUUUAGUAUUUUGAGGAACUAGGUGAUAGAAAUUUCGGGCUUUGCCUCAAGAUAGCUUUACCUACAGCACUUCAUUUAUUGUGAAUUAGGUGUUGGCACUGAGUAGUUGUCUUUUGGGGAAAUACCUUGUUUCUCAGAUUAAAAAAAAAAACCCAAGCAUUUGAAUUUCCUGUGUAAUAUAAUAAUUUGCAGAAGGGAGAUUGUUUCUUUCAGCUCUUGUUUCAUUGUGAAGGAUAAACUUUUAAACAUCAUGGAUUUUAAAAGGAUACUUAGUACUUAAGAUUUAUCAGGAAAAUGCAGACAGGAAGAACAUAAUUUUUAGAUGAAGUAAGUUAAUUUGGAUUUAUGGAAUUUGUAAAGCUGUGUUAACCCAUACUGUGUAUUUUCUAAUAGGCUAGUGGAAAAACAGCUUUUACAUUUGGAUUUGGUUCUUAAUGUUGUGAAUGUGUCUCCUAGUUAAAUUAUUGCUAAGAGUGUUUCAAGUAGUAUCCAGAUUCUGAACUGGGAGUAAGAUUUCUCCUUCUAGAUUUUACUAACAAUCAGUGCCUCUUCUGACUGAAUUGUGCUUAAAACUUUUUCCACAAAGGAGUAAGCCUAAGUUUCACCCAAGUGAGUAACCACAUGAAUCCUUUCUGCAAGGAAUCUAGAGAGAGUGGUAACACUGGAUUCUUCUCUGUCUUAGGAAGGUGCUUUGUCGUGGACUAGGAAGCCUGGGCUUGCCAGUGACUGCAUGAAGGAAGUAUGAAAGAAACAGUGGUUAUAAACUAAGAAAGGGAUAUCAAAGUGUAUCCCACAGCUGCAGGUCCCUAGUCCUCAGCACUCAGGGAAUUGGUGGGGUAUUCUUACAUUUUUCUUCUGGCCUGGUGGAUGUAGGCAACUUCUUUUUAAUAAUUUCAUAGAGUGAUGUUUGUAUAAUGAAAAAUACUAAUUUUGUUGAAGGAGGUGGCUGUAGCUUCUUUCACAGCUCAAGAACUGAAAAGAAGGCUAGAGCCAGAAAUCCAGAGUAUUUACUCAAAGCUGGAGGAAGUCAAACUAAAACCUUAACUUUGAGACAGGCCUGACCUACAUACCCAGUUGAAAGAAAAGACCAUUUUUAAGCCAAAUGCUCUUAAAAGAGGAUGAAAGGGAGUAAAAUUUGCAAACCUGUAGGGAGUCUUUGCUGCUGACAAGUGAUGGCCAGUGAGGAAUGAUGGGAGGAAAGCUGUGAAGAAUGUGUGCCAUAUGAAGUGCAGACAGACAGGUGCUGAAGUGCCUCUGCACAGCAUCAAUAGGCUGGGGAUGUUCCAACCUCCUUGGUGGAGAUCUGGGUAUGUGACAAGAGCUCUGCAUGGGAGCUGUUCAUCCAACACCCUUGGUAUUUGGGUAUUUGUAACUGGAAUUAACUCAAGUACAUAGAAUGCAACACGUAUGAGAAACUGUCUGUGCUGACUAAUCCAGAUCAGCAAUGUGGUGUGCCAAGAGAUAAGGCUUUGUUACUCUGCUACUGUAUUUUCUACCUCUGAAAAGCAAGCAGGUAUCUUCAUGGAAUAGCAGGAUCUGGGCUGUACAGUGCUCCCAGACAUUUCUAAACAGAAAGAGGUAACACACAUAUGCCUUAAAGGCAGCUGAUUUUAUUAUUGUCCAUAUAGUCAUAAUUCAAUUUUGAGUAAGUUAGGUAACCAAAAAUGGCAAAAGGUUCAUACUGUUACAUCUUAAUUUAGAUAGUGCAUUAGAACUUUACAAUAACAAUGUUCUGUCAUAAUUUUUGGAUUCUUAUUUUAGGUGAGAGCAAGAUGGGAGCAUUCAAUGGAUGUCAGAGCUUUUCGUACAAGUAUUUCCCCCAAUUUCCCUUGCCCAACCUGAAAGAAAAGUUUUGUUUUGUUUGAAAUAACUGUAACACUCGAUUUUACUUAGCAGAAAGAAUGGAAAUUGAAGCAUCUUUGACAGAAAAAGAAAGGCUUUGGUGACACUAGGUGUACCUGAAGUGAGGAAUUAUAAACAGCUAUUUUUCUGAAACAGAGUGUAUUUUUGGGAAUAUGGUACACUGGGAGUUUCAGUUUAAUUUAUUUUUGAAGCUUGAAUUACACUUGUGUGGUCAAGGAUGAAUUUUGUGCAAAGAGCAAGGAUUAUGGGCAUGAGGAAAAGCAUUUCUAGCAUUAUUUCAUAGCUAUAGUGAAUCUAAGCACUGUUUUAGAGAUGGUUUUGUCUUUGUGGACACUAGAACACUUCAGCUCAAGUACACCUUGAACUUAAGUUUAUAUUAUAUAUUUAUAUUAUCUGCAUGUUAGGUCAUUUUCUAACUGAUAAAUUUGUACUUUCAUAGUUGGAAUCAUAAUCCAAAAAAUCUCAAUCAUAAACCAACUCUUAAAAUCUAGGUGUAAUCAGCAGUCAUCAAAACCAGGAAACAACUUGUUCUGGAGAUUAAGUAACUCUAAUUCGCAACUUCUUCCUCCAUCUGUUUAUUCUGAGAUCACUGGCAAUGUAUAACUACCAGCCUACAACUGUAUGUCCCCUUGACACCUUCUGUAAACUUAAAUGCUAGCAUAAAGAAAAUUAACAACUAGGUUUCUAUGUAUUCACAAAAUACUAUAGAAUCCUGGCAUUUUUAGGUUGUUUUUAAACUAGAUAUACAGAUAUUGUCCAUCAGUUUGGAUGCUAGGACCAGCUGCUACGUGAACAGUGAGCUAUUGUUCAAGAACUGAUCCUGCUACCUUACAUCUCCCUGGCACAAUUUACUGAGUCAGUACUCAGACCUUGCCCAUUUCUCUGUUAGACCUGGUAUGCUGGUUGUAUGCUGGAAUUCCAGUUUGAAAUUACAUAAAGGACUAUAUUAAUCUGCCUAUAUGUUUGUUCACACACAAUGCACCUGGACUUGGAGAUACUGUGUAAAUAUAAUUUCUUUGUGUGUGGCAGUGCCUGUUCUCCUCUUUUGCUGCAGUAUGCUUGCAUCAUACUUUUUAUUUUUUUUAUUAUUUUUUUUAAGAUGAGCAAUGUAAACACAUACAGAACAUUUUCUGUAAGCAACUUGUGAGCAAAACCUCUCUUUUGAUUAGAAAAUAAAUAUUCCUGAGGUUUGCAUGCCAGGCUUAUUUUAUCUUAUUGUGUGAAAACUGAUUAUAGACUGAAGGCAACAAAAUUAAAAUAGUGUGACCUAGAAGUCAGUUAUUUUGAUUUUGAGAAGUAGGGAACUCAAGUCAAAUGAAAGAUCAAACUGUGGAGGAAAAGGCAUUCAGAGACCUGCAGUGUUCAGGAUGAGUGAGAAGGUGUUGUUUUGGAUCUUGUGCUGAAACCAAGGACUGACCGAGAUUCCAGAAGUAAAAGCUGCAGCAGAGCAGUACGGGCAGAGCGCUAAAGCAAGUGGUAGAGAGCCGCUAGUCAGGGAUAUCUGAUACUGUGUAGCGUUUGUAAUUAUGUCACACGAAUGUGGUGAUGGUGAUCAAAGAUUGCAAGAGGAAGAGGGAACAAUAAUGGUAAGGAAGAGAGUUCAUUUUUUGGCACAUUUGGCUUGAAUUCUAAGAAGAUACCAGACCAAUCUGAACACAACUAGAACUUGAAAAUCAAGCAAAAAUCAGUUUGUGAAUUUGUAACUCAAAUCAGAUGUGGCCAAAUGUGACUGAGGAUUGAUUCAGAAAACGGAAAAGAGCAAGAGAAGAGGGUGCAAGACUCCCUCCAGUUUAAUGGGAGAGGGAGAGACAGGAAAACUACGGAGUGAGAAAUCAUUUGUGUAACAUGGACUGGAGCAAGGCAGGUGAGUGGGUUAGAGGUAGGUCUACAGUAGAAGCUUCAGCUACUGUCUCAGUUAGGAAUUAAUGUGGAAUAAAGCCUAUCACAUCAGGAAUGAAGGCAAGGAAGGGGACUUAGCAUUUCAGAGGAAGUUGAUGGGGAGGUGGUUGGAGGGAGGAACUCAAGCUGACUGCAAACACACUUUCCACACAUAGGAACCGGUGCAGAGACAAAGGACAGACUAGCCCUGACACACAACUGCCACCAUUCUGGGAGAAGAUGGGGGAGUAAGGGUAGGAGAAAAAGGGACAGACUUAUAGAUGUGAAUGGACAGAAAUAGAAAUCACACUCCAACGGUGAGAAUAUCUUGGUAGUCUUCUCCAAAAGAAAAACCUGUGGCUUCCCCAUUUGACGCAGAAAAUGGGAAGUCAGCUAAAACUGGUGUGAGUUAAAUUGAAAAUUAAACGUGUUUUCAUGCAGGGAUACAGCAGCUAUGCAUGGUUUUAGUAGUACCUAGAGUUAUUCAAUCUGCUUUAAAUUGUUUUCAUCAGCUAAGCUGCUGAAUGUAAGACUAUGUUAAGAGCCUUGCUAAUAAAAAGUAUAUUUAGUUUAUA